AUGUCGCUGGACCCAGAUUUGGCUCUGGACGAAUACCUGGGGUCAGGCAACAUCCAGUCCUAUUUCAAAGGCACCGCCUUUGCCACGAUCCGCGCCCUGGGGGCCUGGGAGCCCGGGAUGGAGCGCACCAUCGGCGGAUUCAACGCUGUGUGGCGCGACUUUAAGGAGCGAUGGGGCACUGUUGACAUAACCGAGGCGAAGCGCGCCCUGGAGACGCCAGAGAAGCUGCUCAGCGCCGCGGCCGUCGACCCCACCAUCGCCGCGCAGCUGGUCUGGACGGUCGCCUCGCUGGCGGACGGCUGCCCGCAGCUCUCCGCCGCGCUCGCGCGCGCCGGCGUCGACGCAGCGGCGGCCCCCGAGCUCGCGCGGCUCAAGGACGGCUCGGCCGGCCCAGACGAGGAGCAGUGGUGCGCAGACCUGCUCGCCACGGCACGCGGGCGCCCACGCGCGUGA